UUUUUUCCCCAAAGGUAGUUGAAAGAGGCGCACAGAGCUGAUCUCAGCUGAGGAGCUUCAGACAAGGAUGCUCUUUUCUUGUGAAUAUUGAUUACGUUUGAGUCCCUAGCACUGGAAAUCAGAGCACAACAUUUACAUAUCAGUUUUCUAAAUACUGUAAUCAUUUGGGACUGAAAGAAGGUGGUGCUGCAAACUGAAAACAGGGAUCAUGAAUCUGGAGAUGCCAGACACAUUUGAUGAUGUGGCCAUCACCUUUUCUGAAGAUGAGUGGAAAACAUUAGAUCAACAGGAGAAAGAGUUGCACAGGGAAGUGAUGGUUGAGAACUAUGAAACCAUGGUUUCAGUAGGAUACAGUAUACCGCUGGGACACUUGUUAUCCCUGAUAGAGAAGGAUGAGGAAUUGCCCAUGUGUGAUAUGAAAGAAGACACUGAGCAGUACAAGAGUAAUUAUGAUGAGCACUCCAGAAAAACAUUCUGUAUUGUAUCUUUCUUAAAGGACAAAGUAGAGGCUGUCCGAUCCCUUGCAGAGCUGCUAAAAAUAGAUGGCAGUACAUUUGAAGAGUCAGAAGAGCUUGCCAUUGGACAAGUAGUUCUAGCAUCAUAUGGGAACAAAACCUAUACUGCAGAAGUCGUGAAAUGCUCAGACAGUGCAGCAGCUUUGCAGACUGAACUCAUAUGCCGAGAAAAAACAAAGAUAUUGGAAACAAGGAAAGCAACAGAGGCAAGAACAAUGACUGAGAGGGCAUUUCCAAAACACAGUGCUGAUCAGGCCAUAGCAGAUGCCAAGAAAAAGUGGAUGCAAAAGAUUGGACUGCUGGAAAUACAGGUAAUGAAAAUUACAGAGGAUCAGCAGUUGGAGCCCGUAGAAAAUGACUUCCAGUUUGUAGACCAGUCUGACAAUGGGAUACAGUAUGGUUACCAAGACUUGUCUCAUUUGCAGUGUUAUUCCAAAUCAGAAAUAAGUUUAGCCUCACAGACCCUGAACAAUGCGUAUUACUGCAUGAACAAUGGUCUUCCAUUAACUAGCAGGAUAUUCCAAAGAAGGAGAAAUUUUAUUGACCUUCCUGGUUCACUUUGCCGUAACUGCAUCUUGCUGGAAAAUAAAAUUAGAAGACUGGAGGACGAACUUUCCACUCUUGGAAAACACAAUGAAGAUCUUGCAAGGCACCUAUUCAUGGUCUCAUCUAGGGAAAACAUAGAUCAGCUUCCAGCUUCAGUAUCUUACUCAAGGCCAAGAAGCGGCAAAGUCAGUGAAGAAGAUGCACAGAAAUUCAAUAUGAUUCCCAUUGCACCAAAUAUAUACAUUCACACAGACCAUGCCAUCGAAGCUCUGCAGAAACGGGCAAAUGGUGACAGUAUGGUGCGUGUGAUGCUAAGAUGCCUCUUCUCUAAAGAUCAGCUUCAGAAUGCCACGCUGGUACCUGAUGGGAAGGGACAAACCUUAGACCCUGAUAUCAUUCAAGCAAUAAUAGGUUGGGUAAUGGAGAAGAAGACCGAUGAUACUACAUCUCGAUCUAAACUGCGCCAGACUAUUAAUAGGACUCUGACAAAUUACCGAAACAAGGCAAAACGAAGACUAGCACAAUCUGUUCUAGGUACAUUAAGAGGGCGAACAAAAUCAAAGUUUACUCACUGCAGCUGAAGGCAUCUCAGCAAGCUACUAAUAUUAUCAGCCAGGAGAAACAGAAGAAUAGGCAGCUUAAGCUCCAAUAAUCCACAACACUUUGAGCCUACAAAGCUCUUCAAGAAGGCAGCACUGUUCAGAUCUUCAAGGGUUUCACCUUACAGAGCGCCACAACUGUGGAAAGAGACAUUCACACACUGUUGACUAAUUGCUAUCACUGACGUACAUCGGCUUAACCUUUCUAAACUGUGUAGAUUUCUGGCUUAUUAGCCCUACAGCUGUUACACAUGGAAAAGCCUUUACAGUAUUAAGUUUGGCCAUUGUUAAAAGUGUACCACAAUGUAGUGGUAUGCUGUCUUAUUCUUUUUCUAUAAUCACCCCCUUUUUUUUUUUGCAUUUGUCAGGGAGAAACUGAUUUUUUCUUGAGUACUUGAAUUUAUGUUUGGUACAUGAGAAAUGUAUUAUUUGUCAUACUUUUACCAAAUGACAGGAUUCACUCUGUAGAAACUUUUACACCAUCUCCUGCAGAAAGUGGAGCAGAUUCCGAGGAGGUGGUUGGAAUAUUAGCAAUUGUUUUUUAGGCUGUUUGUAUACUGUUCUGGAUUAACCAGUGAUGAAAUCCGUAAUGUAUCUUAGUGGAUAUCCAUGUGCUAUCAUUAUGAAUAGCUGUUUGUUUAUUCAAAACUGAUUGCAACAGAAACCUGUUAUAUUGAAGACUGCUUCAGCAAAUUCAGUUUGUCCACAACAGCUUUAACAAAACAGCAUUUAUACUGAAUAAUGAAAAUGGAUCAGACAUGUAUUCUAACCAUUUUUGUAUGGUAGAUGUCAAGUCCCACUCACCCUAAUUUAAGGGCCUGUUCACUCUAUACCGCCUUCCUUAUUAUAACCAAGUCUGCGGUCACUGUAUGUUGUAGUAAUAAAAUCACAAAUGCAGUGGCCACAAAUUUAGAGCAACUGUGGCAUCAUACACUUACGUUUUACAUAAAAAGUGUAUUGCUGAAUAUCUAGUUGAAUAAGUAUGUGAACAUGUGACUGCAAAAAUUGGGCCAAAAGAUUAGCUACAGAAGUUCUGCUUGCCAUGAGUAUCUCAAUUAUAGUAGUUCUCUCGUACUAAUUUUCAUCCCCAUUUCAGAUUUCCACUGUGCUUAUUACAUGUGCAAAGGACAUAAACCAGUUUGAAGCCCCUGUAAAGUUUAGACACUGUGACUGAAUUCUAGUUUGUCCUGUUUUGGGGAGAUAGUACCCUUUAUCAAUGGCUUAUAUAGUGUCGCUGUUGAAUAUUCCAUGAGAUGGGCAGUUCAUGUAGGUGUUAAAGGCUCCAUGGCACUUAAAUGAACUAUAUCUAAGUCACACAUGAAAUUUCCUUUACUCUUAUUUAUUUGCUAUAAAUGCCACCCUGGGUCAUGACUGAAAAUAAUCAUUUGGAUAUUAGGUCCAUUUGUGCAAUGGCAAGUUGCCAGACUGUUGCACUGGUGACCUGUAUUAAAUUUGUAGAAUUAUGGUUGGCAGAAGGAGUGUGUAGGGAGCUCCCCCAGGCAGGAAGCAAAGCGUGAGUGCAUACAGUUUCCAUAUAGCAGCAGCACAGCUUUAGCUGUAUCUAUAGGAUAGCACUUUGCACAGGUAAUCUGCACUACACAACAGUGCUUGCUGGAUUUGGGGACACUAAUUUUAGCGUAGAAAAUUCCUUUUCUUUCUCUAAUGUAAUAACUUAUAUGGCUGCCUUGCCACUUGGCUGUUACCCUGCCACUAUGAAGAACACAUCUGGCACAAUUAUUGCUGCUGUUUCUCAGCUUUGUGGUCCUUUGUUUGAUUCAUAUUGAUGCCUUGAUGGGACUUGAAUAGUCUUCCCAUGUUUAUGAUGAUUUUUUCCUAGUUACUCUGUCUCUGUUUUGCCUUGAUAUCUUAAGACUUACUACUUAAGUUAACUAUCCAUGUCUGCUUUUAGGUAUGAACUUUUUGUGGCCCUUUGGCCUGAGUCUUUCUAUAAAUGAACCUUUUGGCUCAGAAGGAGUGAGUUGAUUAAAAAGAAAAAUAGAAUAAUGUAAACAAGAAAUAAGACAAGGAGACUGCAGCAAUAUAUGGGAGAAAAAAAAAACUAAUAAGCUGAGCAAGAAAGGGUCAGUGACCUGUUCAGCUUAGUGGUCAUCAGUUCAGAGUAUUAAUAAAUAAUCAAAGAAAAGA